CGAACGCGCAUGCGCAGAACUCGACGUUGGCGGCCUACGAGAAAAAAGGUGCUCCGGUGUGCCUCGGCAAUUUAUAGUCGGUUUAGUGCGACAUGGCGCGGUAUUUGAGACCACCAAACACUUCUCUUUUCAUCAGGAAUAUCUCUGAUGAAAGCAGGCCAGAGGAUUUGCGUCGUGAGUUCGGUCGUUACGGCCCUAUUGUAGAUGUCUACAUUCCCGUUGACUUCUAUUCCCGUCGGCCAAGAGGAUUUGCAUACAUUCAGUUCGAGGAUGUCCGCGACGCCGAAGACGCGCUGCACAACCUGGACCGGAAGUGGGUCUGCGGACGGCAGAUUGAGAUCCAGUUCGCCCAAGGAGACAGGAAGACCCCGAGUCAGAUGAGGUCCAAAGAAAGGCGUUCUCCUCGCAGCUUCUCCAGAUACGAUGAUUACGAGCGCGACGGCCGCUACCGCCGCUCCCGGAGUCGCAGCUAUGACAGACGCCGGUCUCGCAGCCCCUCAUACGAGCGCAGACCCCGCCGCUCCGACAGUCCCAGAGACUCCCGCUCUUAUGGCAGACACAGGCGAAGCAGAAGCCGUGACAAUGACAGGUCAAGGCACAGACGAGAGCACGGCCGAGGGCAUCGCGCCGCUCCUUCCCGCAGCCGCUCGGGUUCACGUUCCCCCUCCCCCGACUCCAGGAUGAAGAUGAAGAACAGGAAGUCCCGUUCUGGGUCGCGUUCGCCUCAUCCGACUCCAAACAAGGAGGCACCCCAAUCCAGCGGUGCGCAAGAGGACGAGGACACCCGCCCCAGAUCGGCUUCUCGCUCCUGCUCUCGCUCAGUCUCGCGUUCCCGGUCACGUUCCCGCUCGCGCUCCAGAUCCUGGGCCGGACGCAAAUCCGGCGGCCAUUAGGACUCUCUGUGUGAGGAGCGGAGUCGUUCAAUAAUAUAACUCAUGCAGCUCUCGGGCAAACUGAUCAUGUAAAGGCCAUUUUUUGGGGUGGGGGGGGUUACUACUUUUUCUUUUUUCUUUUUUUUUGCAGGUUUGCUCGGGGACACGUCUGAUUCCUGUCUCCUGUCCAGCAGCAGAUUUCAGGAUCAGUGGAUGUUCAUCACCGAUUAUUAAUCAGAUGUAAUCCAGUGUAUUUUUUUUUUUUUUUUUGUUUUUAAUAGCUUAGUUUAGUGUUCAUUUUGGUGAUUUCGCAAAAAUGAAAGCACCAAGACAUGACGUGUCUAGACCCGGUAUACGCCUUUUGAUCAAAAAAAGGAUGCAGGUUUAUCGAAUCCGAUUCAUGCUCGUAUUUUCUGUUUAGGCAAAUAGUUAGCAACGGGCGCAUUGUAGAGAGUGCGGUAUUUUCAGUGUUUAUUUUCUGUAAUGAAUAUGAAUGUUUUCGGUUUGUACAAAUCUUUAUUUUAAACUCGUCUAGCUGAACCGGCUGUUAUCUUUCCCCCGAUAUCCCGUAAACGUCUCGUAGAAACUCGGUUGUCUUCCAGGAGAUUAUACAUCAAGAAGCGUUUUUUCCUUCCCCUUUUUUAAAAACAAGAAAGUUUGUUAAAUGUGUUCUUGAUUUCCGUAUCCUGUCCUACAGCAAUGUUUUACUCUUUUUCAUGCUAAAGAUGGAUCAGAGGAGAGGGAGAGAGAUCUCCUGUAUGUGAAUAAAAAUGUACCCUUUGGUUGUUUAAAAUAA